UAUGUUUUGCACGUGUUGCAUUUGAAAAACUGGUGUCCGUAAACAAAAGUGUUUUUUCGGCAAAUUAAAUCAGCUAAGCGCAAAUGAAGUGAAUGGUAAUUGAGUGCAAACUAUAACAAAAUGGCAGCGUUAGCGGAAAAGACAAAAGAGACGAACACAUUUCGGUUCAAAUCUUUCGGGGAUCGGGUGAAUGAGAUUGACUUGCGGCACUUGGCCCUCUACCACAUCGGCCACCGGAACGAGGAGCUCGACGAGGAGGAGAAUGCAACCUACUUCCAGCAGACAAUUCAGAAAUGGAACGUGCUCAAUCUCACCGAGGAGUACAACUACUUCAGCAAACGAUGCAGGAAGAUAGUCACCCUGCCGCAGCUGCUGCACCAGAAGGACUUUGUGGUGGACCUGCUGCUAGAGCGCCUGGCCACCGCCACGAAUCUGUCCCAACAGCCGCUGCUGGAGCUGCUGUACGUCCUGGCCAGGGAUCUCCGCGAGGAGUUCUACCCUUACUUCCAACGCGUCCUGGAUCGCCUGAUCUGUCUGCUCAACACCCAGGAUGCCGAGCAGCUGGAGUGGACACUGAUCUGCCUGGCUCACCUGUUCAAGACCCUAAAGCCAUAUUUAAAGCGCAACAUUGGUGUGGUGUUCAAUGCCAUUCUGCCGCUCCUGGAUGAACAGCACUAUGCCGAACAUGUGACCAACUUUGCCGUGGAAUGCUUUGCAUACAUUGCCCGCGAUGUCCGGGAUUUCCCUCGCUUUCUGACCUUUGUGCUGCAGACUGUACUGCGUGAGCAGGUGGAGAGUGUCCAUGGCUGUGGCCGGCUCAUCUACGAAAUUCUACGCGGCGUCAACGGACAGCUGCACAAUUCGGCGGCCGAGAUCUUUGCCCAUGUUUUAGAAGUGCUUGUUAAUAAGGCCUCAGCUCACACAAAAGCGCAGACAGAGCUCUUGGGCGAUAUAGUGGAGUACUCCUUGGGACUUCUGCUGAACUUCCUGCGCUCAGAUCAAAGCAAUGUCCUGUGGCAGAAGCUCUGCUCCGCGGCUAGCACCGAUAGUGCUGAUGUACUGCGGCUAAUCAAUCUAAUGCUGCCCCUGGUCACCCACAAGGAUGGACGCUAUGUCUCCGAGCUUCCGCUGGUGGUUUCCACCCUGCUGAAACUGUUGGAGCGGGAAGUGGAUCCACUACAGCCGUUGACAACCUUGGUCACCAGUCUGCUAAAGGCUCAGCAUACUCAACUCACCCAACUUGAUGCCAGUCGCCUGUUGCAAAAACUUUUAAACAUAAGCCGAAAACACGUUUCGGUAUACGAAGACACCAUUCUGCAGCUACUAGACUAUCCACAAUUUGAGAUUCUUGUGCUACCUAAUGCAAUUGGAUACUACGAAGAUCAGAGACAAACUAGAGCGCUGGAGCUACUGGCUCGUAUUGUUCAGCACAAAAGACCCCUGCAAGUGGAUGGCAAUUCGCUGGCCCAAUGGGAUGCUUAUCCCCUCCAGCUGAAGCAAAAGGAGGCUAUUAAGAUCGUGGAGAAAGAGCUACUGGAGUUGGAUUUAAGCAAGGAGGAUCACCUCCUAUUCCUUAUCCUGGCUCCACACCUGAGGGGAUUCAGCAAGCAGCCUUUGGAGCAAAUAUUGCAAUCACUCAUUCAGAAGUUCCUAAAAGAUGAAGAAAAGGAUUUUACCCAGCUUCUUUUGCUACUUCAAACGCAUGCCUUGCUCAAGUUUAAUCUACCCAAGAAACUGCGAUCUAAAAUAAGCGACUAUUUAAUCCCUGAACUGGGGAAAGACCUCCGAGCCUUGGCCUGCUUGCAACUGGUUCUUCUAGAAACCCCUAAGAACGAGCUUUCCGCCUCGGAGGAAUUACUUUCUGCCAUUUCGAGUCUUCUAAGCCAACCACUGUUGCAAUACAGACGCAUAGCAGCUCACUGCUUGGAUGUGCUAAACUCGUCGAGCAAAAAUAAUCCCUACACAUACUUUUUUGCCGCUGCCUGCAUCGAGCCCACCAUACACAACUAUCGCGAUCUGCUCCUUCAGCUGCAGCAGUUGGAACCGGCGGCUGCUCAGUUCAAGCAGUUCUCGGAGUUGCCACAUUUCAAGGAGCACUCCGUACACCUCUUACUCGGCUUGCUCUACAAUAAUUUCAAGUUUGUGUGGGCGCCGGUCCAACAGCUCCUGGCUGCAUACGCAAAAACUAUGACGGCAGAUGAGUUCUGGAACCCCUUUAAGGCCAAGUUGCUGGAAACUGUCGCCUGCAUAGACUACAAAAAGGAGGUGACAACAUUGCAAGAGCCAUUUCAACGGGACUAUCAAUCGGCAGCGCUUACCAUGCUCCUUCCUUUGGCCGGGGAGCCACAAUUGACUCUUCAACAGGCGCUCAACUACCGUCAACUCCUGUGGCAAAGCCUUCCCAAGUUGGGAACUCUUGCUGAGGUAAAGAAUGCGGAUUUGGUGAGAAUGUUUUUGCAGUUUUUAGAGCAGGAAUAUCGCGCUCAGUUGGAAAAAUCGGAGUAUACUUGGAAUGUAAACGAGGCGACAGCUGCUGAUGUCGAUGCCGAUGAUGAUGAUGAGAAUGAGACUAAGCCCGAACCACGAGGCCGCCAGAAAAGAAGAACACACAACGCCCACACUAAGUUCAUACUUCAAACGCUCCAGCUGAAACUGGCCUGUUUUGUCUCGCAGCCCAAUCCCAAGGCCCUGCAUCGGCAGGCGGAAAUGCACGACUUCUAUUUGGAGCUUCUAGCUGGUCCGAAUUCCCAGUUGCAACAAUUGGCUUUGGACUGCCUCGCGGCCUACAAGCAGCCAACGGCUCUGGUGCAGCAAAAAUCUCAGCUAUCUGGUCUUAUUGAUGAAGAAAAGUUCAAAACCACACUUAGUGGCUUCGAACUGGCCAGCAUUCAGGCACAGCAGAGAUCAGAACUGAUGCCCUUCAUGCUCCGCGUGCUCUAUGGCAAAAUGCUGACCAAGGGUGUCCAAAAGCAACUGAGUGCACAGCUGCGAAAGACGUUGAUCCUUCGAUUUCUGGGUCAACUAGAGGAGUCCGAGAUCAUGGAUUUCCUGCAAAUGGCCUUCGGAAGAUUUACUGCCUACACCGAUAAACCAAUUAAUGAGAUUGCCAAAUACGUUCGAAACUCCUAUGAUCCGUCAGCUGUAAUUGCAGCUAAGCAGUUGCAGAGGAUCGUGAAUUUACUAGAGCUCAUUCGCAAGGAAUUCGCCGGCAGGCUGUCGGCUGAAUUUCAAUGUUACGUUUUGAAAUUACUGCUGCUCGUGGGAAGCGUCGCCCAGGAAGUCAUCAAUGGAGAGGGAAAGCUGGUGGCUGCCUACAAGAAUGUGAAGCACUCGGGCCUGCAGACACUGGUCAACUACUUUGGCCAGCUGGUGGACAUGGAUGAGCUGUGGCAGGAGCCGGAAAUGAAUGCUAUUUGUGAGGUCUACCUCUGGCCUGGUAUCGCUCGCCUUUCGCAGGACUCCAUUCACACGCCCACACCCAUGCUGAAGUUGCUCCUUUUGUGGGGCGGGGAACCCCGCUACCAGAAAUGGUUGAACAGGAGUCCUCUUUCCGAUAAACUUCCAAUAAUGAAUCACUUGGUGGCUCUGCUGCUUAAUGACAAAGCCAAGCCUAAUGUCAAGCGUUCGCUUCUGCAGAUGGUGGAGCAACUCCUGGAAGCGGCUGCCACUGAGGAGUACGGUGCCGAAGCACUGUCUAUUGUGCAUCCCCACAUUCCAGCGAUCCUGCAGCAGUUGCAGAAUAGUUGGCGCCACAAGAAGGCCGGCAGACAGACGCUUGAUAAGCGGGAGCUCAACAUUCUAACCCUUAUUACCUCGCAUGUGGAGGAACCAGCUACUUGCGAGCUGCUGCUGGAGGUAGUCCUGCCCAUAUUCACCAAGCAGGCGGCUUCAGCUGGCCCGGAGACCGUCGUUCAAUUAGUCACCACAUUGUCCAACUUGCUCAAACGUGUCCCGAAACCGCAGGAUUAUGUUCGUCAACUAGCUCCGCUGUUCGAACAGGUUAAUGUACUGCCUGCUAGAAAGUUACUUUGCGAACUCUUGGCGGACAUGGCGAAAAGGCUGCACAAGGAGGCGAAACAGAACUCCGAACUAUCCUCCACUGCCGCAUCUCUGCGGGAGUGGGUAAGGAUUGUGCUGCUUCUUAAUGCCUGGGACAAGAGAUGGCUGGAGCAACCGGACUACGACAAACGUCUGGAGGGUCUUUCGGAACUUAAGCAGUUGGUGGAGAAAAAGGACAAGAAGAUAGACUUGCAACUCGGAGUUCUGGUGGUCUACAACUGCUUUUACAUGUUGCGCCACGAUUCGGAUCUGGGCAUGAGAGUGAACAUAGGGGAACUGCUAAAGCCCUUGCUUCCUUUAAUAACUCUGCAACUAGAGGUAAAAGAGGAUAUACAUUUCUGGCUGGAGGACACAGUGCUGCCUCUAUUACAGCGCUGUAUGAGAGAUGAGAAGCACGAGCAUGCGAGGAGCGAGGCCAUUGGUUUACUGGGCGAACUGGCACGCCAAUGUCCAGCUGCACACGAGGUCUUGAAGGAUCUCUCGCCACUGGCGGACAAACACGACCUGGAGGUGGACUUCUUUGAAAACAUGCUUCACCUGCAGACCCAGCGACACGGUCGUGCCCUACAGCGCCUGGUGAAUAUCUCGGGAGGCAGUUGGAGACAGGCGCCGCCCUGUGCGCGUACCCUCACCCAGUUCCUCCUCCCCCUGGCAACCAGGUAUCUGAUGAGCGAAAAGCACUCCGGAAAACACACGCUGGUGGAUGCCGCCAUCGAGGCGGUGGGAGUGAUGAGUGAACUCCUGCCUUGGACUCAAUACCAAGCAGUUCUCCGCUACUACCUCCAAAAACUAAGACAUGCCCAAGGGCAGCAGAAGCAGUGUGUCCGACUGGUGGUUCGGAUCCUGGAUGCCUUUCACUUUGACUUGACCCAGGCGCAGACGGAUCUCGCUUCGCUCGCCAAACUCAAGCAGAGACUAGCCGAGGAGGUAGAGGCAAAGGAGCCCGCUGAGGAGUCACCGGAAAAUAAGACGGAAGAGGAUGCUGAUGCCGAAGAGAAGCCCUUGAAAAAAGAGGAGGAUCAGUCGGACUUUAUUGACUUCGAGGAAGAAGAGGUGGCCGAACCUGUGGUGGAACAACAGCGCACCCAAUUGCUGGCUCCCAACGCUGCCAAGAAAGUCAUGGCCACCAUCACCACAGUGUUGCUGCCAACCCUGAACCGAUCCAUCACCGAAAAGACCAACUACGACACCAAGCACAAGGUAAACCGGCGACGCCUGAGCUACGAGCGCGAGGAAGAGGAAAUCCAGCGGGUACCCAUUGCCUUGGCUAUGGUGAAGCUGCUGCAGAAGCUUCCUUUGGAAUUAUUGGAAAACAGUCUACCUGGAAUCUUCAUGAAGGUCUGCACUUUCCUACGAUCUCCUCUGAAAUCCGUCCGAAUGCUAACCCGUGACAUUCUCAAGAAGAUUAUGAUCACGUUGGGUGGCAGUUACUUGGGCAUGCUGCUGGAGCAGUUGCAAUCACUCCUCACAAGGGGAUUCCAGGUGCACGUACUCUCUGUGACUCUUCAUGGCGUUUUGGAUGCUCUGAAGGGCGCCCUGCAACCAGACCACAUUGAAAAAUGCCUGCAGAAUCUACUGGAAGUGGCUCUAAAUGAUAUAUUCGGCGAUGUGAGCGCCGAGAAGGAGGUGGAGAAAAUCGUGGCCCACACGCCAGAAGCCAAACCAAGUGCGAAGAGCUAUCUCACACUUCAAAUAGCCGCUAGACAUAUUCGGGAUAAUUGCUUGUUGGACCUGCUCUUGCCCUUCAAAGAGCAUUUGGCCCGAUCCCAUUCUCGCAAAGUCACUCAGAAGAUUCAGGAGUGCUUUGCUAAAAUCGUGGGUGGCUUAGUAGAGAACAGUCACAUCGCAAGGGAGAGUCUCCUGAUCUUCAUAUACGGCACGAUGUCGGAGAGUAUCAGUGACCUUUUGCCGGGCACUAAAAAGCGGCAGCUCACGGAUAAGGAGCAGGCACUGAUGAAAAGAACGCGUCCUGAUUGCCUAAUCCUUCAACCGGCGCCGGGAAGACGCAGUGUGGUCAUCGGAAACAAGCAAGUCAAGUCAAAUGCCCAGGCCAACGCUCACAUUCUGGUCGAAUUCGGUUUGGAGCUCCUUCAUUUCGUUCUGAAACGAAAAAAGUUAACGGAUCUGGACUAUCAGCCCUUCCUGCAUCCCCUACUUCCCCUUCUAAAAGAUUCCUUGAGCAGCAACCACGCCAGAACCACUACCUAUGCCCUAAAGUGCUACACGGCCAUUUGGUUGGGAGAUUACGAGCUCUCCGAACUGAACACUGAGGCACUUCAGCCUGUGGUUGGACGUAUGUUUGAGAUCCUUAAGAAUUUCUCGACUUUUGGAGCCACCCGGCAGGAAGAGAACGCUCAGCUGGUCAGAGCGAGCUUUAAGGCAGUGGUGGCUCUACUGCGGAAGUGCCAGGAUUACCAACUCAGCAACGAGCAAAUAGAGCAGCUUCUGCUGCACAUCGAACAGGAGCUGCAAGAAGGCGAAUGCAGCAGCCAAACCAUGGUGUUCACCCUGCUCAAGGCACUUGUGGGUCGAAAAGUGGACACUCGUUCCUUGCACGAACUGAUGAAACGUUUGGGAGACCUUUCCAUCAUCUCACCCUCGGAUUACGUGCGAGAUGAGUGUCGUGGCAUCCUGCUUACCUAUAUGAUGGAGUAUACGCUGCGUCAGAAGGUGGAGCAGUUGGUCAAGUUCAUGUCGGUUCAGUUGUGCUACAGCCAAACCGCUGGUCGCCAGUCGGCCAUCCAGUUUAUGCACUCCAUCAUCAACAAAUUCCCGCAGCUAAUGUUGGCCAAACAAUCCGAGUUUCUAUACCUUUCCCUGGGCACUCGACUGGUUAACGAUGAGGAUCCCGCGUGUCGGCGCAGUGUGGCCGCUGCUCUGGAAGCUCUGAUCGGACGUCUCACCAAACAGGAAAGGAAGCCCUUGCUGGAUCUCACACUGCUGUUUUUCACCUCACCACAAUCCAGCCAGAAGCCUGGAGUCCGGGAAAUGGCCGCUGCUCUACUCUCGAGAUUUGUUCAGGCAGAGAAGGCUGGUUUUGCAGAAAGAUUGACAUUGGUUCUACCCACUCUGGUGAAUGUUCUGACUUUGGGUGAUGCGGAAGCGGGCGGUAGAUUCGUGCGGGCUCCAGGUAAUCUGGCAUCGGAGGUGGACGAAAAUGAUCUGCAUAAAAAGAAAAGGCGAAAGAAAUCCGAAACUACGCCCGAUGAAGAACUCCUGCUAGCUGGCCAAGACCACGAACUGCGUUUGGAAGAACAACAGCGCAAAGUUGACCAUCAGCUCAUUCAACUGCAGUACUGUCUGCUGAAGAUCUUCGAGCAUUGCGGAGAGUCCUUGCUCAGCAAUCCGGAACUUUCGGAUACGAUUGAUGAACUGGCCUAUGGCUCUCAGCGACAUUUGGGACACGAGCACAACUGGGUGCGCUGCAAUGCAGCCAAACUCCUUACCCACAUCUUGGCUCACUACGAUUACACUUAUGUGGGCCAACAGCUGUCCGGAGUUAAGAGAGAAGAAGACACUGAGCAGAGCCUUUACUUCAUUUAUGCGCAGCCUGCCGAGGAUAUAAAAUCUCUGGUAUUAGAUCUGUGUGCCCAGGUCACGCCGGGCCAAACAGCGCAGGAAAUGGUCGACGAACUGACGAAGAUUCUGUUGUACGUUGGACACAUGCUGAGAGAUGUUCCCUUCAGUCUGAAACAGGAGAAGGAUGCUGAUGAGGGUGAGGAACAAGAGACGGUCAACAAAAUAAAUCUUAACUGGCUGCUGCGAAAUAUACGUUUUCUGAUCAACAAAGAAGUGGCCAAGGCUCCUCACGAUACCAGCAUACGGACUGCUAUGUUCACGCUUAUAGAGGCUCUGUCCACGCUGCUCAGUGUGGAGUCCGUGACCCGAUUGGCGCCGUCGCUCCUCCAGGCCCUGGUUCGCGAAAUGUCCGAGGAGGAUCAGAACGUGGACGCGGAGUUGCGCCAGCAAGCCCUCCGCGUAGGCAGUCGUCUGAGGAAGCGCAUCGGAGCCGAUAUCUACGACAAACUGAGGAAUGCGGUGCAGACCAGGCUGAUGGCUCGCCGUGCCGAGCGCCGCAAGGUUGUGGCCCAGGAGAAGAUCCAUGAUCCGGAACGGGCGGCCAAGCGGAAGGCUGGCGUGCAGGAGCGCAAGAAGGCAGCGAAGCGUCUGAAGGCAGCUGUCAUCCGCGGCAAAGCGCCAGACAUCAAGCAAAAGCUUAAAAAACGCAAACGGAAAGCAGAAAUGGAUGGAUUUUAAUUAGUUAGUCGGUUGUUUUUUUAAACUAAGUUGUUUUCUAAGUAGAACGGAAAUAUACCGGAAAUUGUAGCCUACCUAAGCAAUAUGUGGAAAAUAUACAAGCCGUUAUUGCAAUAAAACUUAA